GGUGGUUUAGGACUUUCAAUUGUAUAUAACCCAUAAUAAUUAUUCAGGGAUUUUAAAUGCCUAUACGGCUAUACGUCAUUCCAUUUUAUCGUUAAAACGGUUUAAAUAGACAGUAAAAACUAAGAACAAUAAAUAGAUUAAGUUACUAUGAAAUAUGAAUAUGAUUGUUGUCAGCUAAUAAACAACACGAAUACCAGAAUACACGAUAACACUAAUAAUUAUUUUCAUACUGGUUUCUCUACUUGGUCAUUCUAUAAAUACAUUUUAGGAAUAACCCUAGUAUCAUACUUAAUACUACUUACCACCACCCGCAAAUCGAUAAACACGAUAAUAAUAAGAAUUGUUUGCCAUUAUGGCAUUAUGUAAUAUGUAUUUAUUUAAUUCCAUGAUGCAUUCUCGUCGUGGUCUCGUGGAAUAAUCAUUAUUUACCAUAUUAUUUCAGUUAAUUUAAGUUUCUGUGAUUUGUAUUUAGUAGUUACGUACUCGAAGUCACUAUGGCUUAUUCCACUAUUGUUUAAGUAUGAGUUGUAUUUGUGUAAAGUGUAAAUUAAAUUGUUAAAUUUUCAUUAGCUAGUUUUUACCUCAAUUUAUGAAAUUAUUGUUUCGUUAAUAUUGUUAUAUAUAAUCAAGUUUUUAAUUGGACAUUUUAAACCAUAUUUUAUUAUUAAAAUGUCAAAUGAAAUAUGUAAUGUAUGUAAAAGAAAACGAGAAACCCUAAAUGCGACCAAUUGGACUCGACAUAUUAUGUCUUGUAAAAAAAAGAGACUUUCAUCAGGUCAAAGUAUAAUGUCAUUCUUCAAACAGAAGCCUUCUACGUCUACUGAUAUAGUUAUUGUUGAACAAGAAACAUUAAACACCAAAUUCCGUGGCAUCACCAAAUCAAACUUUUGAUGAAGUCAUUAAAAACAUUGAAGUUAUACAUGAUAAUUACAUAACUGCAGGGUUUAAUGAAAAAAUUCAAACUGACAACUCAGAUAUGAUGGAAAUUGAAAAUAAUUUAUUGCCAAGUUCAAGUAUUGCAGUACAUGUAGAUGAUGCACCCAAAACAGAGGUAUUUGCAAAUGAUCCAGCGUCUAUACCAUUAGUUAUAUCGGAUGAAAUGUUGCAUUAUUAUAUGUCCCUUGGUCCUUGUCAGCCAAAUGCUAAUGAUUUAUUAAAUAAUACAUUUACCAAGACAUAUGAAGAAAGUGGUCAUAUUAGGUCAUUUAAUGAAUGCUAUUAUUAUAAAAAAAAUACUGAUGGACAGCUUAUACAUAGGUAUUGGCUAUCAUAUUCACCAUCUUUAAAUCGAAUAUUUUGUCUAACCUGUAAGCUUUUUGGUUUACCUGAUACAAAAAAAUUGUUUUUAGUAAAAAAUGGAUCUAAUGAUUUUAAAAAUAUUACACGGACUUUGUCAAACCACGAAUCUUCACCAGAUCAUAUGCAAAGUGUAAUAGCACAUGGAUUAUAUAUAAGAAAUGACCGAAUUGAUCUGAAACUCAUUGAAAAUGCAAAUCGUCAGGUGGCUGACAAUCGAGAACUUUUAAGACAGAUUAUUGAUGCCCUUAUUUAUAUUGGAAGACAAAAUAUAUCUUUAAGAGGUCAUCGUGAAGGCAUUGAUUCAAAUAACAGAGGAAAUUUUUUGGAAUUAGUUAAACUUUUAUCAAACAAUCAUGGUCCUUUGAAACGCCAUAUAGAACAAAUUGAAGGUAAAAAAAAAAAUCGACUAACUUUUUUGUCUAAUGUCACCCAAAAUCAUUUAUUAAACAUUAUAUCAGAAGUAAUAAGAUUUAAAAUAUUAAAUGAAGUUAAAAGAUCUGGACAGUUUGCUGUGAUAAUUGAUACAACGACUGAUGUUAGUAAUUUAGAACAAUUCACAUUUAUUCUUAGGUAUGUAAACGAAGAAGGUCUUGUUCAAGAACGACUGGUUUCAUUAGUAACUGCAUCAGAUGCAACUGGACUGGGUAUGUUUGAAGUAUUUUGUGAAAUAACUAACAAAUAUAAUAUUGAGUGGAAGACACAAUUGAUAGCUCAAGCAUAUGAUGGUGCUGCAUCUAUGCAGGGACAGUAUUCUGGUUUGAAAACCAGAAUACAAAAUGAAAAUCCAAAUGCCAUAUAUAUUUGGUGUUGUGCGCAUUUAUUCAAUCUAGUAGUGGUUGAUACAUGUGACUGUUGUAUUGUCUCAAAACGUUUUUUUGGUGAUAUUGGAUGUUUUGUUGAGUUUAUGAGGGCUAGAAAACGAACAGCUAUUUUUGUUAAAUGGCAAGAACAAUUAUAUCCUAAUGAUCGUUUACGUCGAAUGAAGCGAUUUUCCACUACACGAUGGACAUCUCAUGACAGGGUAUUAAUUGUUAUUAAUGAAAAAUAUUCUGCACUAUUGGAGACAUUAGAAGAAAUUUCUGAUGCAAAUAAUUCAGACCGCGAAGCUGCCUCAACUGCUGAAAAUCUUUUAAGUAAAAUAACAUCAUUUCAAUUUAUUUUAAUGAUGUUAUUUUUUAGAAAAUUAUUUGCCAUCACGUCUGAAGUGUCAAGAUAUCUACAAUCAAAGGAAAUUGAUUUUGUGCAGGCAAUUAAUUUAAUAGAUAUUGCAAAAAAUCGUUUAAUAGAUAUGAGAACAGAACAAGACUGUAAAGAUUUAAUUGACCAGGCAAAAUUAUUUUCAAAUAAAAAUGAUCUUAAGGCGUGUGAUUUUCCUCAGGUAAGACCGAGGAGAAAAAAAAUUAUGGCUGGAGAACAAGCUAGAGAUGAGCUUUUAUCUUCACCUGUAGAUAAUUUUAGGACUGGGGUUUUUUAUAGAAUUUUGGAUACAGUAAUUUCAUCUAUUGAAAAUCGAUUUUCUGAAUCUAGAAAUAUACUUAAAGAUUUUACAUUACUUUCACCUGAACGUUUAAGGUUGAUAAAGAAUGAAAACGAUUUACCUAGUGAUGCCUUUAAAGCCAUUUCCAACUGGAUUUCAAUAGAUCUCACUCAACUAAAAAUUGAAUAUGUUACAUUUAGUAAAAGUUUAGAUAAAUUGCUUAAUGGUAUGAAUAUAAACAUGAUGUAUCAAAACCUUAACAAUCAUACAAGUGAUUUUGAUUCGGAGAAUGAUAGCGAAAACAGUGAAAAUGAUGUUGAAACUUCAGAAAAUAAAAUAACUUGCCUGCAAAUCCUGAAAAUUUUAUCCAGUUAUGACCUUAGAAAUGCAUUUCCAAAUUUGUUUAAAACAUAUAAAGCACUUGGAACCAUUCCUGUAUCUUCAGCAUCUGCAGAAAGAAGCUUUUCUAAGGUAAAGCUUAUUAAGACUAGACUUCGGUCAACAACUGGUCAGAAUCGGUUGGAAAGUUUGUUAAUGUUAAGCAUGGAGAGAGAUGUGCCAAUAAAUCACCAAGAAGUUAUUGAUAAGUUUGCUCAAACAUCAACUUUGUUAAAAAAAAAUUUAAUGUUUAAAUAACAAACUUAUAUACUUUGCUGUUAUAUAUACUUAGAUAAUUUUCAUCUUA